GAAGCCAGCGCUUCCCCAGUCUCUAACCUUCCCAUGGCGAGUGCUGCAGCUCUAUCAGCAGAACCUUUCUCUCCGUGUGAGGAAGAGCUUUUUUCCUCCCUUUCCUUUUUUUUUCCUUUCCCCUUAAUCAGAAGCACUGAAUGAAAGCCAAUCAGAGAGAGAGCUCGCCCCCGUUUUCUUCGGCUCCCUGCUGUCCAGAGUUAAAAGUGAUGCUGAGAAAGAGCUUGAGUUAGAUUGAAGUAGAAUCAGUGAUAGAAAAUAACAGCCGAAAAUAAACAAAAAGGGGACAUAGUGACAAUUUCUCCUGGGUUAUUUUGACUGGAACCAACUUCCACUAUCCAGAAGCUGAUAAAAAAAGCAACAUUAUUCUACAAGUGAUUCAUAUUAAUGUAGCUCAAGCAUCGUGAUAAGAGAACAUGAUUCAACAUAAGAGCCCAAGAUAAAUAAAUUCUCUCUUAAAGCUUUGGGAAACAUGUACAAAACAUUGAUGAAAUGUUGGAAACCAGUUGAAACACAGUAAAAUCAACUCGGUAAAAUAGGACCGCUUCUCUUCAUCUACGUUGGGAUUUGUCAAGGAGUGAACUAUGACAAUAUAUCAAUUUUUGCUACUGUUUCUACUCUGGGUAUGCCUGCCACAUUUCUGCUCUCCGGAAAUAAUGUUCAGAAGGACGCCUGUACCACAGCAAAGAAUUUUAAGUUCACGUGUACCAAGGAGUGAUGGCAAAAUUCUCCAUCGUCAAAAGCGUGGUUGGAUGUGGAAUCAGUUUUUCCUACUGGAAGAAUAUACAGGAUCUGAUUAUCAAUACGUAGGCAAGCUACAUUCAGACCAAGAUAAAGGAGAUGGAUCACUCAAAUAUAUCUUAUCUGGAGAUGGAGCUGGUACUCUCUUUAUUAUUGAUGAAAAAACAGGUGAUAUUCAUGCCACAAGACGAAUUGAUAGGGAGGAAAAGGCCUUUUAUACUCUACGUGCACAAGCUAUUAACAGAAGAACUCUGAGGCCAGUAGAGCCAGAGUCAGAGUUUGUGAUCAAAAUUCAUGAUAUCAAUGACAAUGAACCCACGUUUCCAGAAGAAAUCUAUACAGCAAGUGUUCCGGAAAUGUCUGUUGUAGGUACUUCUGUGGUGCAAGUCACAGCUACAGAUGCCGAUGACCCUUCAUACGGGAACAGCGCCAGAGUCAUUUACAGCAUACUUCAAGGGCAGCCCUAUUUCUCUGUGGAGCCUGAAACAGGUAUCAUCAGGACUGCUUUACCAAACAUGAACAGAGAAAACAGAGAGCAAUACCAAGUGGUCAUCCAGGCCAAAGACAUGGGCGGCCAGAUGGGAGGUUUAUCAGGGACAACCACCGUGAACAUCACGCUGACAGAUGUCAAUGACAACCCGCCACGUUUCCCCCAGAACACUAUUCAUCUUCGAGUUCUUGAAUCCUCCCCAGUUGGCACAGCCAUUGGAAGUGUCAAAGCAACUGAUGCUGACACUGGGAAAAAUGCUGAAGUAGAAUACCGAAUUAUUGAUGGUGACGGUACUGAUAUGUUUGACAUCGUGACUGAGAAGGACACACAGGAAGGCAUCAUAACUGUGAAACAGCCACUUGACUAUGAGAGCCGAAGACUUUAUACUCUGAAAGUCGAAGCAGAAAACACCCAUGUAGAUCCCCGUUUUUAUUACCUAGGACCAUUUAAAGAUACUACCAUAGUGAAAAUCUCUAUAGAAGAUGUGGAUGAACCUCCUGUUUUUAGUAGGUCCUCCUAUCUGUUUGAAGUUCAUGAAGAUAUUGAAGUUGGCACAAUCAUUGGUACUGUAAUGGCAAGGGACCCAGAUUCUAUUUCCAGCCCUAUUAGAUUUUCCUUGGAUCGCCAUACUGACCUUGACAGAAUCUUUAACAUUCAUUCAGGAAAUGGAUCUCUUUAUACUUCAAAACCUCUUGACCGAGAACUAUCUCAGUGGCAUAAUCUUACUGUUAUUGCUGCUGAAAUCAACAAUCCCAAAGAGACAACACGCGUCGCUGUUUUUGUGAGAAUUUUGGAUGUUAAUGACAAUGCCCCACAGUUUGCUGUGUUCUAUGACACUUUUGUAUGUGAAAAUGCCAGACCAGGGCAGCUAAUACAGACUAUAAGUGCAGUAGACAAAGAUGACCCUUUAGGUGGACAGAAAUUUUUUUUCAGUUUAGCUGCUGUCAAUCCAAACUUCACAGUACAGGAUAAUGAAGAUAAUACUGCCAGAAUCUUAACCAGAAAAAAUGGAUUCAAUAGACAUGAAAUCAGUACCUAUCUCUUGCCUGUGGUGAUAUCAGACAAUGAUUACCCAAUUCAGAGCAGCACAGGCACAUUGACCAUUCGAGUGUGUGCUUGUGACAGCCAAGGCAACAUGCAAUCUUGCAGUGCCGAAGCCCUGCUCCUCCCUGCCGGCCUCAGCACCGGGGCCUUGAUCGCCAUCCUCCUCUGCAUCAUCAUUCUACUGGUUAUAGUAGUACUGUUUGCAGCUCUGAAAAGACAGCGAAAAAAAGAGCCUCUGAUCUUGUCAAAAGAAGAUAUCAGAGACAACAUUGUGAGCUAUAACGAUGAGGGUGGUGGAGAGGAGGACACCCAGGCCUUUGAUAUCGGCACCCUGAGGAAUCCUGCAGCCAUUGAGGAAAAAAAGCUCCGGCGAGAUAUUAUUCCAGAAACGUUAUUUAUUCCUCGGAGGACUCCUACAGCUCCAGAUAACACGGACGUCCGGGAUUUCAUUAAUGAAAGGCUAAAAGAGCACGACCUUGACCCCACCGCACCCCCAUACGACUCACUUGCAACCUAUGCCUAUGAAGGAAAUGAUUCCAUUGCUGAAUCUCUGAGUUCAUUAGAAUCAGGUACUACUGAAGGAGACCAAAACUACGAUUACCUCCGAGAAUGGGGCCCUCGGUUUAAUAAGCUAGCAGAAAUGUAUGGUGGCGGGGAAAGUGACAAAGACUCUUAACGUAGGAUAUAUGUUCUGUUCAAACAAGAGAAAGUAACUAUACCCAUGCUGUCUCCACUUCACAAUAUUUGAUAUUCAGGAGGUUUUUCCUGCCAGUCAGCACAAUUUUUUUUUUCCCAUUUACUUCUUAAUUUGUUCAUUAAUUACAUUAAUUCUUUCCUGUAGGAUGUCUCAUGGAAUAUAUACAACAUUUUAUUUAAUCACUUCCAAGAGCCAAAGCUAUGGAAAUACAGUGUUGUCCAUCUUAGUAAAUAAAAGAUAAUUUCAGAAACAUGAACAGGAUAGUUCUCCCUUAAGCAACCUCACAAACAAGCCGCUUCUGUUAGAUACAUGUCCUGCCCUUGCAAAUGAAGCUUUUAAAAAGGUGAAGAAAAAUUUUAAGGUAUAUCCUGUUCUGUACAUUAAAUUAAAAAAAAUGUACAUGUGGUGUUAGUAGGUGUGAUAUGCAACCUGGUAUACAGACAUUUGUGCAAUUUCAUUUCAUCAAAUUCUAUCUGCUAAUGUUUUAUAUUUAUAUUUUUGUAUUUAUUUUUAAAAAAAUAAACCAGUUUUUACAACUA